GGCAGUGUGUGGAGGAAGCAGAGUUGGUAGAGGGAAGGAGAGGGGCUGCCUUAUUGUUGAAUGUGUGUCUAUGUGUAUGUGUGUUUGUUGUGCACACAAGUACACAUGUGUGAGUACAUGUUCCUGAGUAUGUAUGUUUAUGAGUAUGGGUGUGUAUGUCUUAUGUUGGCAUUUAUGUGGGUGUGUGUGUAUAAUAUGUGUAUAUUUUUCUUUGUGUGAGUAUCUAUCCAGAUAGGUAUAGAAAUUGAGAGGAAGCAUUGAGAAACUUUUAUGCCAAUUCGAUAGAGUAAUUUUAUGUUAAUUGAAUUUAAUAACCCCAAAUUUGGCCUUGUGUUUUCUGUAUCUGCAUGUUCUAUUUCAUUUUCCUGGUAAUUUAUUUCAUUGUAUUUUAUGAAAUUAUUGAUCUGUGGCAGACUGCAUGUAAAACUGUUUCUUUGCUACAGUUAGAGAAGCCCUCAUUAGGACCAGAUCAAGAUUCUUGGAAGGUUCUGAUUCUGAAAUUCUCAAGGGAGAGAAAUUCACUUGAGAAAUCUGGGGUUCUUGCUCUGGGUCAUAUCCGUGAGGCAUAAGAUCAGCUUGAGCACUCGAGCACAAGCAAGGGGGUUAGGCCUUAGAUCUGACUGGCAUCCCAGGCCUGCUCUUCCUCCUCAUCAUGAGGAAUGGGACCACCUGGCAGUUCUCAAGAGGGUGGAUGGCAGAGUCCAGGCUGCUCCUCCAAGCCGAGCCUGCUCGGGGUGCUGCCCUCCCUCCUGUCUGCCAAGCAAGUGAAGUUGAUGCCUCACAGAGAUAGGAAGGGAUUUUUGAACCUCCAUACUUCGAGUCCCCCACCCCCACCAUGCCCCAGACAGUAACACACACUCAAUCAGGAAGAGCAGUCUUUUACUGAAGCAAAAUAAGACACAUUCCUUUGUCUGACUUAGCGAACCCAGCGCAGAUUCUUCUGCCCUCCUUCCUUAAAUAAUCUCCUCCACCUAAGAUCCCUCCGAAUUGUCUAACCACAGCCCUUCUAAGGCCUUGACCUUAGUUUGCAUUUGUAAUUUUAUAUUUUCCUUCUUUAAGACAGUCUCUAAAAUAUUAUAUGCCAUAGGCGCCACAAAACCUGGACCCACCCUUGCCUUAGUGCUUGAAGGGCCACAUGAUAUUACAUAUUCAGAAAGCAAUGUAUUCAGCAAUGAAAAUGUUAAAGAGAAUCACCUCUCUUCCCUCAUCAUUUCAAGCAUCCAUAAAACCCUCUCUGGAAUUAAAAGUAUGCGAACUUAGGUAUGCAGGAGAGAAGUGGUAUUUGCAAAGAAGAUAAGGAUUAGUAGAGAAUUCAAGGAAGGGGAGGACACAGCAGCUUCAGGAGUCUGCAGAGCUUGGAGUGAGGGGAACACCUGACUUUAGACAUCAAGGGUACAGGAACCAGCAGGAGAAAGCCCACGGACCAGAGAAAGCAUUAAAGCCCAAGAAUUUAGGGACUUCUGGCAAGGAGUGUGGGACUGAAUGUUCUUAUGACACCAGAAAGGAGGAGACCAGAUAGCAAUGUCUCUUUCCUUCCUCCUAUUCAACCCCCUCAGCACAGAAGCUUCUCAAAUUCAGGGGACGUUCCCUCCUCCCAGACUGGCCUUUAACCAGAAACCUGUUCAGCCUCUUCUCACCUUUGGGCAGUCUUUGGCUUCAGGCAAGAAGAAUCCCUGCCCCCUGAUGUGUUCAUCUUCCAGCUCCUGUCCUUCUUCCAGAGCAAUCAGAGAAUCAUAGCUCAGCCUGUUCCUUCUAUUACUUCUGCAUUUUUUACCAGAAGGGUUGACUGGGGCCAGAGAUAAUUGAGAAGAGUUGCUUACCCAAGCGCCAUUUGGACCUCUUAUUCUGAAGAAUGGCACCAGCUGCAGCCUGGCUCCUGUUACUCCAGCUGAGUCUAGAGCCAGCUCUGGUCAUGAAUAUCGGGCUACAGAUGGCCAUCAGAAACUUCCGCAUCUUAAACAUUAACUAUCCCAAGGUUAAGUACCCAGUGGAUUUCCAAGGCUACUGUAAUGGUAUGAUGUCCUAUGUGCGGGGCAAAAAGCAAGAUUGGUAUUGCCCAGAGACCCAUUAUGUGAUACACGCCCCCUGGAGAGCCAUCCAGAAGCUCUGCAAGCACUGUGAGAACUUCUGUGAUAAUUACAAUCAAUAUUGUACAGUCACAAAGGACUCCUUACCCAUCACAAUCUGCUCUCGGAUCACCAAACAGCCACCCCCCAGCUGCAGCUACAAUGGCACCCUAACCAACCAAAGGAUCUAUCUGCUCUGUUCCCAAAAAUAUGAGGGUCAACCCAUAGAUAUCAUUGGCACCUACUAGGAAAAGGAGGGUUUGAUCCUGAACCACCCCUCAUUGCCACCACAGACCAGCUGUCCCCUUUGCCAAAACCCUGAUUCCUGGUACAAGGCUUUCUCCCUGACUUUGAAGGCAGGCAGGGUCUCCUCCCAAGAGACCAGGGAGGUGAGAAAAAUGUCCAGAGCUUUGGUCACCAUAUAAAGUUAUACUGUCUUCUGGCUCUUCCCAACUUGUUUCCGCCCCCACCCCCACAUGCCCCCCCCUCUUUUUCCCACAGUUUUACCCACUCAAGAAGCUGUGUCCAUUUGGCAGCGAUCGUCUAUCCGCUAGGCCAGAUCUUGAUUUCUGGAUGGAGGUCCCGAGCCUCAGCUCACACCAUGGCAACAGGCACUCAGCUCUAUGUCUCAACUCCCCACACCUACCACCUUUCUCUUCUCUGUCUUCCUCAUUUCCUUAGGAUUCCCUCCACUCACUCACCCAUACAAUGGGUGUCUCUUUCUAUAGGAAUAGCCCUGAAACCCUUAGGUUCAUUUUAGACUCAGUUCCUCAGAACCCCGCUCAGUUCCCAGUCUGCUUCUCACUAUGAAAUCAUGGAUCUUUUCUUCAUGUUUUUUCCUCCCUCCUUCUGCCAUGGAGCCCAGUGCAGUCUCCUCGACACUCCCAGCCUCCUUGAGUCACCUGUCUUCUCCAACCUCUUUCCAUUCUACCAUUUUCCCCUGGCUCACUGGAGUUUCAGGUUAAUCUUCUUUGACCUAUCCCCCACAAAGAUUCCUGCAUCCUAUUUCUUCCCUAAACUCCCAAUGUCUCCCAAACUCUAGGAUCUGCCACCAACAAGAUGGGUGAGAUGGCCUAGCUGUAGUCACAGAAGGUUUUAAAACCACAUCUGAGUUAUGUAUCACCAUUGGAUGAACCUGGGGGAUGGGUACAUGGAAUCCCUCUGUACUAUUUUUGCAUCUUCCUGCGAAUCUAUAACCAUUAAAAAAGAAAAAGAUAAAAAAGA